AUGGUUUGCACCACAGAUAAUCUGCGUUGGCCCAAGAGAGAGCCGGAUGAUGAGGCCCAGUCAGCUUCUUCCGAUGAUGAGUCAACUGCUGCCUCGCCUCCCUGGCACAUGGCAUUCUCGUACCGCCACAAGAUGGGGCAUGUGAAGGACCCUGAGACUUGGGAAAAGUUCACCCAGCAGGUCCUGCCAAUUCUGGAUGAACUCAAGCCGGACUGCGAGAGAAUUGCCGCGUCCCGAAAGCUGCAGCCCGCGGUAAGAAAAGCCGCAUCUCACUGGUUGCAACAGAUCCGCGACCUCCGUGGACGAGCCGAGCAUUCCAAACAGACUAUCGUUGGUAUUCUUGGGAACACUGGUGACGGCAAGAGCUCCAUCAUCAAUGCUCUACUGGAUGAAGAGAAGUAG